GAAUAGCUGCCAAUCAAAGAGCAUCAGUCUUCCGUUUCAAUAAUGUUUCGGUACCAGAAAGGUGGAUAUAUUGAUUUAUUUCCUGAAAACAAUUUUCAGGCACAAAAGUUAGAAUAUGCUGAAGUUAAAGAGAAAAGCAUAAUGCUGUCUAGUGGAUACCGAAUGCCGUUAGUCGGUUUGGGAACAUGGCAGAUUAAUGAUGAAGAAUCCGUUCGUACUGCUAUCGAAGCCGCUGUCGAAGCUGGAUAUCGGCACAUAGAUACUGCACUUGCCUACCAAAACGAGGCGUUUAUAGGAAAAGCAUUGCGCAAUCUUUUUAAUCAAAGGAAGGUCAGAAGAGAGGACAUGUUCAUAGUUACAAAGCCCUUUUGCUGUUUUAAAAUUGUUGGACUCCUUUCUGCAGCUCCCAACCAAUGGCAUGCGUAAAGAAGCUGUGGAACAUUUCAUGAGAAAAUCACUUUCGGCUCUGCAACUUGAUUAUGUAGACCUAUACCUAAU